AUGUCAACGAGAGUGUUGAUCCGCGGCGUGCCGCCGGCGCAAUUGGGACUUUGGCGCCGGGCGGGAAGGUCGCAAGUGGUGUGCAGGGCUGCGCUCCGUGGGCCCCGGGCGGCCAUAGGUCCCACGCGCCGCCGAGCCCGCGCCAAACUGAUUGGAAAACACGCCGCGGCCGAAGAUAUCGGAACGGAACCGCGCCAGGCGACUGUGAAGUGGCCGGGCUCUGGUGGCGUAAGAACGGCCGCCGGUGUUGGCUCCGAGGGCGCGUCGGGUGCCCACGCGGCUGGUCCCAGGGCGGCGGGAGGCCGUGCACAAAUCAACGCGCCAGCCGCUCUGCGAGGACCCCCGUUGCUCUCGUGCCAGGGCUGCCUGCGACAC